AAUAGAAGGGCGCAGCGGUGGGAAUUUUUGGCGGCUCCCGCGUGUGGGACGAUGGGGAGCGCGGCGCGGCCGGGUCUCUGGCCAAUGGGAGCGCAGCGGGGACGGCCCCGUUGGCGCAGUGCCUGGCGCUGUGAUUGGGCAGCCUGGCGUUCUGGCGCCAAGUUCGAAGGGAAUAUAAAGUGUCCCCGGGAGCGCCGCAGCCCCACCGCCGCCUUUGCCUGUGAGAGCCGGAGUCGCCGCCUGUCUCCGCCCGCCCGCCCGCCAUCGCCGCCAUGCUCCCCGCCCGGGCCCCGUUCUCCGUCCGCAACGAGCAGCCCCGCCUGUCGCCCAUGAAGAACCUGGUCCUGACCGACAAGGAGAACACGCCCCCCGCGCUCAGCGCCACGCGGGUCCUGGCCACCAAGGCCGCUCGGAAGAUCUUCCAGGAGGCGGACGCGAAGCCGUUGAAACCCAAAGCAGUGACACAAGCUCCUAGCAAUCUGGAAGAUGAGCCCCUCCUACGGGAAAAUCCCCACCGGUUUGUCAUGUUCCCCAUCCAGUACCAUGAUAUCUGGCAGAUGUACAAGAAAGCAGAGGCUUCCUUCUGGACAGUUGAAGAGGUUGAUCUUUCCAAAGAUAUUCAACACUGGGAGUCCCUGAAGCCUGAGGAGAAAUAUUUCAUUUCACAUGUCCUAGCCUUCUUUGCAGCAAGUGAUGGCAUUGUAAAUGAGAAUUUGGUGGAGCGAUUCAGCCAAGAAGUACAGGUAACAGAAGCUCGCUGUUUCUAUGGCUUCCAGAUUGCUAUGGAAAACAUACAUUCAGAAAUGUACAGUCUGCUCAUAGAUACUUACAUUAAAGAUCCAAAACAAAGGGAAUUCCUUUUCAAUGCCAUUGAAACGCUGCCAUGUGUUAAAAAGAAGGCUGACUGGGCCAUGCAGUGGAUUGGGGACAAACAAGCAACAUUUGGAGAACGUGUAGUAGCUUUUGCAGCAGUGGAAGGAAUCUUCUUCUCUGGCUCCUUUGCAUCCAUCUUUUGGUUGAAGAAGAGAGGGUUAAUGCCUGGACUCACUUUUUCUAACGAACUCAUCAGCAGAGAUGAGGGUUUGCACUGCGACUUUGCCUGCCUAAUGUUCAAGCACUUGAUUCACAAACCAUCUGAGGAAAGAGUAAGAGAAGUCAUUACCAAUGCUGUCAGGAUAGAGCAGGAAUUCUUGACAGAGGCUCUACCUGUAAAGCUGAUUGGCAUGAAUUGCACUUUAAUGAAACAGUACAUCGAAUUUGUAGCAGACCGACUUAUGUUGGAGCUGGGAUUUAGCAAGAUAUUCAAAGCAGAGAAUCCAUUUGACUUCAUGGAGAAUAUCUCACUGGAAGGCAAGACUAACUUCUUUGAGAAGCGAGUAGGAGAAUACCAGAAGAUGGGAGUAAUGUCAAAACCCACAGAUAACUCUUUCACUCUGGAUGCAGACUUUUAAAUGAACUGAGACCACUUAAGAUAUGGUGGGCGUGCUGUUUUGAAUGAAACGUUGCUUUCAAUAUGAAUUCACAUUGUGACUGGAUAUUAUACUAAAAUCCCACUCUUGAACAGUGUGGGGUAUGGUACUGUUUUGAAGAGGCUAGUAUAGCUACAGCAGUAAAAUUCUUUAAUUAGAUAUUGCCAAUGGUGUUAAUUCAUAGAAUGCUUAGAUGGAGUAACUUGUGUUAUAAAAUCACUUCCUGAAAAAUCCUCAAUUCUUGAAGUGAUCUCAAAUGCCAUCUGUUGCAACAGGGAGGUUAUACACAGAUAUCACUAGUUUCUGGAAUUUCUAUCUCGGUGCUGGAAGUGCUUGAGAAAUGAGUCUUAAAUUAGAUUUGAGAGAUUUGGCUCUCAGAUACUGCAGGGGAAGCUACAUGACCUCACUGCUUCUUAGCAGGUUUUAAGUUUAUUUUUUACUAUUUGUAAUAGUUUGUACAUAAACCUGGCACUUUAAUAUUAAAAUAAAGAACUCUGACAUAGUGUUUUUGGCAACAUUAAUAUUGAAGCUUGAGUUUAUACUAAACUUUUAGACAUCGCAUUGCAUGAUAACCUUUUUUGUUUUUAUGCUUAUUUACUUGUAUGUAACUUAAAACGAUAAAGCUUUGAAUCAGACCUGCUGGUUAUCCUGACAGAUCUGUUAACUUCUGGCAGUGUACAAAUACAAACUAUAUGGAAGUUGAGAAGCUUAUUAAAAGUCCAGUGUUCUAGGUACUGGAGGAAAAACUUAUGUUGCUGGCCUCUGCUUGAAAUUGAAGCUUUCUUUCUUUUAGGAAAUACUAUUUCAUAAGUGGUUUUUUUGCCUGUUUUUAGUAACUCAAAUUCUAGAGUUAAGUCACAGGCAACACUUCACUAGAUACACUGAUCUGAAGGGCAAAGCUGUGAACUGCUUCCUUGCGAUAUGGCAUUAAUCCAUAAAAACAUCUUUGUUCAAGGUAGCCUGCAAAACAAAAGGAGCAUAGUCGUAAGUGGCCAUUCAGAGGCUAGAAUGCCAAACCCACUGCUUAUGUCUUAGCUUUGGCAUCUGGCACCUAAUGGAUGCAGUGAUGCUUUAAAUUCAAAUUCAUCUCAAAGUAGUUUAAUCUAUUUGUUACCACUUAUUCAGAUUGGAGCUCACUGAGUAGCCAAAGCUGAAAUUGGACACAUGCACUUAAAUAAACAUAUGGUUUCUAGAGGGAAUAUGACUUUUGUCCAUAUAGUUAUUUACUCAAUGGCAGAGUUUGGUCAACUGUCCAGGAUGAAAUGGGACUUGCCUACAACAGUCAUUACUUUAAAGAAAACAACUGUUCCAGCUGUUCUCUGGCUUAGAGCAUGGUGUAGUGCUCUGAUGUAAGUCAUUUAAAAUGACUCUUAUGUGGAGAUGAGUGCCCGUUAAGGCUGAUUCCCCACUCUGGCACUUCGAGUGCAGAAGGUGGCGGCCCUCAAAGACUCUAAAAAUUAAUACUUGCUGCUCUAGGCUUGUAUUUCCAAGGUUACAACUUUUUCUCUGACUUUGAAUUGGUAGAGGCUGUCACCACCCAAGUACAGAACCCCUUUGAGAGCCCAGGAAGAUGCACUUGAGAAUUCCUUCCUGUGGGGUACCCUCAAGCCCUUUCAAACCCCCUGCUCCAGGGAAGAGCUGAGAAAGGAGGGGGGAAAAA